AUGGGAGAGCAACUGUUAAACAACAGCAUCCUUGAUCAAUUUAUUAAUAGCCACGAGCAGUCAUAUGAAGAGUUCCUAAAUACAUUCACUUAUCUUUUAAAAGAGGAAGAGGGGAAGACAAUUCAAGGAAGUAAAGUGGACUCCUUAAGAAAAACAAUUUCUACUUCUGAAUUACCAAAUGGAAAUAAACAGGAUGGCUCACCUGGAAGAAACAAAGAAAUGUGGAUGUCUCUUCCACCACAGAUGCCAAAUGAGAAGGAGACAGUGAUGAAUGAGAGCUGGAAAGCUGGUGGCUCUGGUGGAAGUGGUCUCAGUCUGUCUGAAAGAGUGAAGGUGGACAAGUACUUAGAUUUGGAAGAUACAGACACAGAUGAAGAGACAUGCAGUG